ACCGCAGCAGUGCCAUAAUUUCUUCUGCGAUGGUCCCUGGAGCAUGGGAACCAACCAGGCUGUGGAGCGUGAAGGUGGAGGCAGGUCCUUCCCUCUGAGCCCGGGGAGCCAUCCCGACACUCCUCGUCAGAGCUUGGAGAACCUUAAGAGUGAAGGAGGCCUGGAUCUUCUGCUUCUCCGGCUUGGGAAGAUCAAAGGAGAAAUGAAAUCACUACCACUCUGGGAAAACCUAGGAGAGGUGACCAUGGAGACUUGGACCUCCAGGCCUGGGGAGAGAGCUCUCCGCUCUCAAGCCUCAGCCCUUUCUCAGGAUGGAGAGGACAAGACCGAAUUUCAGGAGCCAUUGACCUUCAGGGACGUGGCGGUGGUCUUCACCGAGGAGGAGCUGGGGCUGCUGGACCCCUCCCAGAGGAAGUUGUACCGAGAUGUGAUGCUGGAGAACUUCAGGAACCUGCUGUCUGUGGGAGACAAGAAUGCAAAGGAAAUGGAGUAUAUUCCAGAAAGAGAAUUAAAGGGCCUUUCCUACAGAGAGGUCUCCUGCUGGAAAAUCUGGGAACAGGUGGCUGGUGAAUUAACUGGGAGUCGGGAUCAUAGAGGAAAUCUUCAAGGGAGAAGUUUCCAGUUCUCAGAAGACGCUUCUCACUGCCAAGGGUGGGAAGGAGUCCCUGCCUGGGGUUCACACAUUGACAAUUUGGUGGGCAGUCUUCAGGGACCCAUCGGUUUAGAAAAUCGAGUGUUUCCACCAUGGAAAGCUGUAAGAGCAGUACCCGCUCAAGAUUCUUGGGUGAAAGCCUUUGUGAAUGAGCCAUGGAACAGUCGAGAAAGGUGUAAAAAACUUGACAGGCAAGAUAUAAUAUAUAAACAUGAGGGGGACGGUUACGGCUUCGGCUGGAUAGCACGUCACAAUGACCACAGGUUACCUGAAACAGAGAGACCCUGUGAUUACGGUCAGUGUGGAAAGGACCGCGUUAAAAAGCUGGUACUUCACCAUUGCCCUGACCCCGCAGAGCAUGACCGGACAAGAAAUGAAUGUGGAAGCGACUUCAGGGAAGAGUCACGCGUUCCCACUGAUCCCAGAGGGCCCUGGAGAGAGAGAAACCACAAAAACGAGUUGGGUCCGGGCUUGAGGCCCACUGGCCACCUUGAGAGACCCCAAAGGCCUCCCUCGGUGGAGAAAGCCUCUAAAAGUCCAGAGUGGAGUGGGGGCCCGAGGCAGAACACGCGCGGGCCUCACCGGCCCCGGGCCCCCGCCGGCGAGAUGCCCUACCGGUGUGACGUGUGCAACAAGGGCUUCCGGUACCAGUCCAUACUCCUCAUUCACCAGGGCGUGCACACGGGCAGGAAGCCCUACGCAUGCGAGGAGUGCGGGAAGGCCUUCGGCCGCAGCUCCAACCUGCUGGUGCAUCAGAGGGUGCACACGGGCGAGAAGCCGUACAAGUGCGCCGAGUGCGGCAAGGGCUUCAGCUACAGCUCGGUGCUGCAGGUGCACCAGCGGCUGCACACGGGCGAGAAGCCCUACGCGUGCGGCGAGUGCGGCAAGGGCUUCUAUGCCAGGUCGGCCUUGCACAAGCACCAGCACGCGCACCCCGGGGAGAGGCCCUACAGCUGCGGCCAGUGCGGCAAGGGCUUCGCCUGCAGCUCCCACCUCAGCAGCCACCAGAAGGCGCAUGCGGCCCAGAAGCCCUACCAGUGCGACAAGUGCGACAAGGGCUUCAGCUACAACUCCUACCUGCAGGCGCACCAGCGCGUCCACACCGGGCAGCGGCUCUUCGAGUGCGACGUGUGUGGCAAGAGUUUCAGCUACAGCUCGGGACUGCUCAGGCACCAGCGGCUACACACGGGCGAGAAGCCCUACAAGUGCGAGUGCGGGAAGGGCUUCGGCCGCAGCUCGGACCUGCACGUGCACCAGCGGGUCCACACCGGCGAGAGGCCCUACAAGUGCGGCGAGUGCGGCAAGGGCUUCCGGCGGAAUUCAGACCUGCACAGUCACCGGCGGGUCCACACGGGCGAGCGGCCCUUCGUGUGCAGCGCGUGCGGGAAGGGCUUCAUCUACAGCUCCGACCUACUCAUCCAUCAGAGGACGCACACGGGCGAGAAGCCCUACAAGUGCGCCGAGUGCGGCAAGAGCUUCAGCUACAGCUCGGGGCUCCUCAUCCACCAGAGAGUCCACACCGGCGAGAAGCCCUACAGAUGCGCUGAGUGCGGCAAGGGCUUCCGCUGCACCUCGAGCCUCUACAAGCAUCAGCGGAUCCACACGGGCAAGAAGCCCUACACGUGCGACCAGUGCGGCAAGGGCUUCAGUUACGGCUCCAACCUGCGCACCCACCAGCGGCUGCACACCGGGGAGAAGCCCUACACGUGUUAUGAAUGCGGCAAGGGCUUCCGAUACGGCUCAGGGCUCCUGAGUCACAAGAGGGUGCACACCGGGGAAAAGCCCUAUAGGUGUGACGUGUGCGGGAAGGGCUACAGUCAGAGCUCCCACCUGCAGGGUCACCAGAGGGUCCACACGGGUGAGAAGCCCUACAGGUGUGGGGAGUGUGGGAAGGGCUUUGGCCGAAGCUCCUGUCUCCACGUGCACCAGAGAGUCCACACCGGCGAGAAACCCUACAAGUGUGGGGAGUGCGGGAAGGGCUUCAGUUACAGCUCAGGCCUGCGGAACCAUCAGCGGGUGCACGGCAGCGAGAAACCCGACAAGUAGGCGUGUGUGGGGCUGGCACCCCGAGCUUUGUAGUCGCCAGAGCGCCAGCAUGGGAGGAAGCCUUUGGGAACAUGGUGUGUAGGGUCGGCCAUGGUUGGCGGGAAGGGGGCUGAUCUGGUCAUGGUGGCCCUUUCUGAAGGGGAAGCGAAGACCCAGAAGGCUGAGAAAUGGAAAGAGCACUUGAGUCCCAGGCUUCCGUCCCCAAGUGUCCCCAAGAGUCUGUCGCACGGUGGAUUGUCCUCAAGGAAGUAGGACGGGGCCUCAGUAAAAAUCAUCACUCUCAUCAGAGUUGGCCCAGGAGGGAGCUUUUAUGAAUGAUAAUGAGUAGGUUGUGGGCAUGGAUUCCUUGUGGGGUGGGGGGUGGAAAUACCUACAGAUGGGAUGGGACAGGUGUAGGAAAGAGUGCUUACCUUACCAAAACCGAUAUUGUGUGUACGUCUUAGAAGAUGGUUUUUACAAAAAAA